UGAGAUUGCACCUAGUGUCACUGCCUUGAACCUCAUGGAGCUUGAUGUGUCCUCAAACAAACUAACAGGGGCAAUACCGGAUGACUUUGGUAAGCUUGUCAAUCUUACCAUGUUGUUCCUCUACAAGAACCAGCUCCAUGGAUCAAUACCGCCAAGCAUUGGUUUGCUGCCGAAUCUCAUCGACAUCCGGCUGUUUGAUAACUUGCUGUCUGGUUCACUUCUACCAGAACUUGGUAAGCACUCAGCAUUGGGAAAUAUUGAGGUCCCUAAUAAUAACCUCUCAGGCGAACUGCCAGACUAUCUCUGCUCCAACAGGAAGUUAUAUGACAUUGUUGUGUUCAAUAACAGAUUUUCUGGAAAGCUUCCAAAGUCGUUAGACGGCUGCUAUCUGUUGGAAAAUUUAAUGUUGUACAAUAAUAUUUUCACUGGAGAGUUCCCCAAAAGCCUGUGGUCAGUGGUUACGAAUCGGCUAAGUGUCGUUAUGAUCCAGAACAACAAUUUCUCUGGCACGUUUCCUACCCACCUACCAUGGAAUUUUACGCGUCUUGACAUUAGAAACAAUAGGUUUUCUGGGCCCAUUCCAACGUUAGCAGGCAAAAUGAAAGUAUUCCAGGCAGCAAACAACUUGCUUUCUGGCGAAAUUCCCUGGGAUCUGACUGGCACUUCACAGGUAGUAGAGCUCGACCUUUCUAGGAAUCAAAUUACCGGAUCAAUACCCAUGACAAUUGGAGUGCUGAAGCUGAAUACACUUAAUCUAAGUGGAAAUAAGAUAUCUGGUAAUAUACCUGCAGCAUUUGGGUUUAUGUCAGUGCUAACCAUCCUUGACCUAUCUUCGAAUGCACUAUCUGGCGAAAUUCCAAAAGAAAUCAACAAGUUGAGACUAAACUUUCUGAACCUCUCCAUGAAUCACCUGUCAGGGGAAAUUCCAACAUCAUUGCAAAAUGGAGCAUAUGAGGAGAGCUUCUUCUUCAAUCCAGGCCUAUGUGUUUCACCAAAUAAUUCCAUCCGCAAUUUACCGAUUUGCAGGGUAAGAUCAAACAUCGGCGAUGAUACCUCCAGGAGGCUUAUAACCCUCUUUUCUGCUGUUGCCAGUAUUAUGGUUGCGGGAUUAGCAGUCGAUUAUGAUGUUCUUUCUGGGCUCAGUGAGCAGAACUGCGUUGGAAGUGGCAGGUCAGGCAAGGUGUACCGCAUUUGUGCUGUGGAUGGAGCAGAUGGUAACAGGAUAUUGGCUGUCAAAAAGAUAUGGAAUGGGCAGAACCUCGCUGAGAACCUGGAGAAGGAUUUCCUUGCAGAGGUCCGGAUAUUGGGCGAGAUCAGGCACACAAACAUUGUCAAGCUGCUUUGCUGCAUCUCAAGCUCAGAGGCAAAGCUUCUUGUCUAUGAGUACAUGGAGAAUGGUAGCCUAGACCAGUGGCUGCAUCAAAGGGAUAGAAUUGUUGCACCGGCACCUUUGGAUUGGCUCAAAAGAUUGCAGAUCGCCAUCGAUUUGGCAAGAGGUCUCUGCUACAUGCACCAUGAUUGCUCACCUGCCAUAGUACACCGAGAUGUCAAGUCUGCUAAUAUCCUUCUGGACGCUGAGUUCAGAGCAAAGAUAGCUGACUUUGGUCUUGCUCGUAUUCUUGUCAAAGCCGGAGAUCUGAAAUCAGUUUCUGCAAUAGGUGGAACCUUUGGUUACAUGCCACCAGAGUAUGGAUAUCAGCGGAAGGGGAAUGAGAAGGUGGAUGUCUACAGCUUCGGAGUUGUCCUGUUGGAGCUCACAACUGGGCGUGUGGCAAAUGGUGGAGGCGCGGAAUACUGCUUGGCAGAAUGGGCAUGGAGACAAUAUCAAGAGUAUGGUCUGUCAAUUGAUCUUCUUGAUGAGGACAUUCGAGAUCCAGCCUACAUUGAAGACGCAUUCACAGUGUUUACGCUAGGUGUGAUCUGUACAGGGGGUCAGCCUUCACUGAGGCCAUCAAUGAAGGAUGUGCUGUAUGCUCUUCUCCGAUUUGAACAUAAAUACAGGGAAAGAGGCCAGCAGGAUACUGUCUCUGAAGAAACAUCACUUCUUGAAUCCUAGAAAGAUACAAGUAUAAGGGUAUUUUGGUUGAUGGAGUUUAAUCUAUCAUGAAAUUUAUCAGGCGCAAAUGGUGCAGGUGAUCAUAUCUUUCAUUUCUAACAACAAGGUGAUGCUCUUUCAGCUGCUAGUUUAUCUUAACCUUCUAGGCCCUGCUUGGAUUGAAUGUAUUUUUUCUUAGAGGGCUGAUAUUUAGUUCAACUGUAGUUGCAGUAUUGCAGCCACAAACUGCUGGCAAACUUUCCAGACUAAAUGCUAAUACUACAAGCAGUUAUUCUUAAAGCAUAUGAAAUGUUUGCUGAAAUAGUACAUAAAAGAUAUGGAUGUUGGACUGUCAAAUUACAUGGUUCUUCCAUGCGUGUGUGCAAUAUUAGAUUUCUUGGUAACUCAAACUGAUCAUAGUGGGUCGCAAAAAUUCUCAUAUUAGUAUAAUUACGAAAAAAAAGGAAAAGAAGCAUUGUUGACAGGUUGCUCCAGCGAAUUGCUGAAUCUGCAGGGAGGGAUAAGGUGGCGCUAAAUCCUGAUAUGCUCAAAGUGCAUUACAAGGGGGUGAAAUUUCGAAAACAAACUGCUAACACACUCAUUAUGUAACACUACAGUCUAUAACUACAGUAUCUGCGAGUUUUCUUUUUCCUUUUGAGGAAUAGUAUCUGCCAAUUAAACUCAAAUUUUAUAGCGAAGCAAAAUAAGUCUACUUUGAGAUUCACACACCACAACAAAAGUAUUGCAUCAGAACAUUUUCUCAUGGCACUUGGGAGAUUUUCUUUCACUCUCUAGAUUAUUAAGAAACCUGAACCUCAAUAUACAUCUGAGCAAGACUGCGUACUUAGAUCCAACAUUUUGUAAGGGUGAUAUGAGGGGGGAUUUAAUCCAACAUUACAGCACAAUGUGCAGAGUUUUACGGGCUUACUUUCUGGUUUCGGACGGAUAAUGGAACGGAGGGGAGAUCGAGCUGUUGACGCUGGUGGUGCAGCAGAGGAGUCUUCUGGCUACGGCGGCGGCUGAAGAGGUAGAAACCGCCCGUCGCCGCUCGCCGGCAACGGAGGAGUCGGAGGAUUGGGCUGUGGUGGCUGGACGGGACGGGCUGCAUCUUCACUUGCUGGAGAUGAGAGAGUAGUAUAGUCGUUGCAUUUCCGGCAACUCGACGAUCCCCCAAUGGCCAAAUCCCUAGCCACGCGCCCACGCGCGACGGCUCCUGGAUCACCCCCGCUUCCGCCGCCGAUGAAGCCAACUCUUCGUUACGGGCCGACACCUACAAGCCCAAUAUACCUCUCCUGGGCCAUCUCACACAAGCGCCACGCUGUUCCGGGAUAUCGGGAGGGAGACAACGAGGCGAGGGUCCGACCGUCCGAGACAGUCGCUGCGAGUAUAGAGACCAACGGCGCGGCACCAAGACAAGGAAGAGCUAGAGGCGCCACCACUACCCCAGACCGCCGUAACGACGCUGUGGUUCUUAGGUAUCCGUCUCUAUCUCUGGUUCAAGGACGCGCUCGGCUCGGAUUCCGUGGAGAUUUGAAGAUUCAAAGCGGUGGAAGAAAAUAUCCUGGGAUAGAGUCUCUGCUUCGUAUAGAGAUCUGUUUCAUAAGUUCACGGUGUGCAAGGUUUUCUCACUCCUAUUGGUGGUGAUCGUCUUUUGCGUUUAUGUACUCAUUGACUUAUUUCGAUGAAAGUGGUGUAUGAUCUACUUGGCGAUUCGAUGGCAGGCAUUUUGUUCAGCUAUGGUCGCCUUCUGGCUUGCAGACAAUCCUAACAGAAGACCAUCUCUGCCUGCAAGUACCAUCACUUGUUUCAUGGUCGCCAACCAGGGUGGUUGGACGGGCUGCCCAAUGCAGAAAAUAAUCAUUACGAUGCAUGGUAUUUAGCUGGAGGAUGCUGUAUUCUGGUAGAAAACAUUCGGUACAAGAGCUGUGCUUCGUUAUCAGUUUUGGAGACUAUCUUACUCACGAGAAAGCUAUCUUAGUACGAAGAAAUCAUUAGCCAAUCCGUGGUUUGACCACUAAACAUAAACAGAAGAAUACCUGCUGCUGCUACAAUUAUUUCUUUUGGUAACUUCAGUGAGAAAUUAACGGGUGCCUCAACCCUAAGUUAUGAGGUAUAAUACCUGAUUGCCCUCCACAGUUGCUCAGAUAAUCUCUGGUUUGAACUAUAGUCCAAUUUGUCCUCUGUUUCUCAUAUGCUUUCUAUCUUUUGGUGGACGUCAAGGACUGAAAUGGUAGAAAAUAUGGAUACUUACUAUCUGCGCCUAAUCCUGAGCAGGUAUGUCAUAACAUCCAACCAGCUUACGGGAUGAUAAAUCGAGAAACUUCCUGUACAGAAUAGUGUUGUUCUAAAUUUUACUGAUCAGUGUUCCACUGCACUUUAGUUGUGGAGAAUGGUGAUAAAGAGUGGAAAUGUGAUAGGAACAACAAGAUCCCAUGUAAAUCUCUAUAUAGUACGUUUUUCUCACGCAUGUAAGACAUCUUGCAAUGGCCUUUGGAAAGCUGAACUUUCCUUUGAGAUUAAUGAAAUUUUAAGCCUCUCCACAGAAA